CUCGCCUUGCGUAAAAAAAAAUUCUUCAAAACAAUUUCGCCGCUUUCAAAAUGCAGGACAUACGUUUGCGCGUCGAACAACCCAUGUCGCGUGUGUCACCCACGCAAACACGACGACCCAUACACCUACUGCCACAAAUAAGUUUAAGUUGCAAUGAGCCGCCUUUGGAAGCCCACCUCCAGCCCAGUCAACAUCCAGUGCCGCGUUCGCCCAGCUCGGAGGAGGAUAAUUCACCCACAGAAAUGAAUAAUUGUCGGCGUAUGGCCGAUAAGCCGCCUUUGGUAAAACGUCUCACAAUGGGCAUGGGUCUACUGCGCGGCACCGAAGACAGUCGCCCGUUGGUGCACACAGCCUCUUCCUCACUCAACUCAGGCUCAUCGCAAACCAUAUCCGAUGGUUAUGUGAAUGAAGCUAUCUGUGAACCCGAAAAAAUGAUAACCAACAAAUUCGGCGACUCCUGUCGGCAAUCGUUGACUGCAUUGCCAACGCUCGAGGCGGCGCAUAUCGGCUUACAAGAACACACUGAAUUUAGUUAUAAGAAAAAAUAUCUGCGUGAGACAUGCAGUGCCAACUCCAGUCCAAAGAUGUUUGCGUCCAGUGCACCGCUACGUUUGGACAAUCUCAGUUUGGCGGAGCAACAUGAACUCAAGGGCGCUGCAUGGUUUCAAGCUGGCAUACCACGUGAGAUCUCACUCGAGGUGCUGUCACGUCAAAGUCCUGGCGCCUUUUUGGUGCGCCAGUCGAGCACUAAGCCAGGCUGUUUUGCGCUAUCGCUACGCGUGCCACCGCCCGCGCCCAAAGUGGCACACUACCUGAUACUGCGUACGCCGCGUGGCUAUAAAAUCAAGGGCUUCACCAAGGAGUUCUCCUCGUUGCGCGCGCUCAUCACGCAUCACUCGGUAAUGCCUGAACUCCUGCCUGUGCCACUGACGUUACCACGUCCAACACACAUCGGCGCAGCCGCACCGGGUAGUCGACAUGGCUCAAGAGGCAGUGAAUUGGAUGGCUGUGAUGAUUUCGAUACUUAUGGUUCGCUUAAUGAUUUUCGUAAAAUGAUGGCCGAUUUAAAUGUAUGACUUCUGAGCAGUGCAAUGAUUAGCGAAGAGGAAAUGGCGUGGCGGACAACAAGCGAACGUAGCAGUGCAACAGCCGCGGAGUCAGUAAUGAGAAAAUCGCCUAGAAGUUGACAGCGUGUUGGUUGCUUACCGCGUUGGUGGUGUGAGCGAAGUAGUUGAGUUAAUGAGAGUCGAGAUAGUUAGAAAAAGUAAAUGCAAAAAAAGCCAACGGGGAAAAGUGUCAUACAGCGCAUGCUGUAGGUAACUGCAAUGAAUAUAGUGAAUUCGAUACCAACAACACACCAAUCAGCUAAAACACCACUCAUCUGGUUACAAUUACCGAUUCUUAAGCAGUAGCGUAACCAAUCAGUGGGAGAGUGAGCUAGAACAACGCAUUACAAACCCAAUUCAAUCUACAUUAUAACCAACAUCAACAAUACGCAGCAAGUCACCUCCUCAGAAAAUGGCACUGUCAGUGGCCAUGACACUGAACCGAGCCACUUUUUAUGCAACACACAAAAUCCUUAACACCUAUAGAAUGUCCAAACAACAACAACUGACAGCAGCACAACAACAAUUGGUAUUGAAAUCAACACUAAAUGCUUGAAAUGUUGUUUAAUUAAUUAACACUGACUGAAUGGAUGCCGAAGAAGCAGGCAGACAACAGACAACAAGGAAAGUCGACAAAAUCAAGUGUAGGCUCUCAAAAGCAAGCAACAUACACCCGCACACAUAUAUGUAUGUAUGUCUCGGCUACUACUCACCGCUCAACAAUCAGACAGACAUAUAGAUAGUGUUUAGCCUUUGUGAGUUAUUGUUGGUAUUUCAACAAAUUCAUGUUCUACACACAGACUGACAGUUUUAAAGUUCAACUGCAAUGUUGAUAGAUGUGUGUUUGUGUGGGUGUGUGUUUGUCUAGUUGUGACUUUAGUGGUUUUUGUUGAUUAAACGUCGUAAUUAUUUUAAUUGGCCAACAUAUGCAAUAAGUUAUGUAUGAAUAUACAUAUAUAAUGUACGAG